AUUUCCGCAGCUACGGCAGCCGGGAGAGGACGUUUAUCCGUACCGUCCCACGUGUGUUUUCGCCGUUUGUUGUCCUCCGUGCUGUUGUUGACUCCGUUUGUUGUUUAUUUAACCUGCUUUGUACGAACAUGGACCCGCAGACGGACGGAGCAGGACGCGGAGAGAGUCUGUUUCUAGAACACGUCCUGGAAAAACUCUACGACCUCGGUAACGGACCGGCAUCCAAAAAGAAGCUCAAGUCUCAAAAGAAGAAAAAGAGAAAACGAGAUGAGGAAGAGGUUGAGGAGGAUGAAGAGUUCCCUACAGGCGAUGAUAUCUACAGUGACACUGAAGGCAGCAGAGCAGAUCACGAUGAACCCGAGCAGAAACAACCAAAGACUGAACACACAGGUCCAACCGUCCAGCAGGUGAGCCGCGUGGAGGUCGUGACCUUUCAGGAUCCCAGAAAGAAACAGAAAACCAAGCAGCAGACGCCUGCGCCCGACAGAGCGCCUGCCCCUCAGACAACGGAGGAGAAGCAAAGCGAGCAGCCAGAAGUGCUCAGUUUGGAAAAGGCUCGUCUGGAGGUCCAUCGCUUUGGAAUCACCGGCUAUAAGAAGGAGCAGCAGCGUGUUUUUGAGCAGGACAGAGCGGUCAUGCUGGGAGCCAGACCUCCUAAGAAGGAUUAUGUCAACUACAAGAUGCUGCAGCAGCAGAUCAAAGAGAAGAAGCAGAAAGCGAGAGAGGAGGUUCAGCCGGACCUGAAGAAAAAGAAGAAGCAGAGUAAUCAGAGGGACAAGAAGAAGAAGAAGGAGUCCUCUGGUUCUGGUACGGCCCCCUCGGGACAGGUGGGCCGCUUCAAGAACGGGAUGCUGAUCCUCAGCUCCAAGGAGAUCCAGAAAAUCAAAGGCAACAAGCGCCGCAAAUAGGGGAGCGAUUCAACUCUCCAGGAUGGGAAAAUAUAAGUCGACCAAGAGGAAGAACUGCUUUCCAUCAGUGACUCAGCUCACUGCAGGACUGUUAGGAGGAAGUGGAGGAGAGCAGGACGUGAGCUGAUUUCCAGAGUCGCUGCGCCGCCGUAAAAUAUGAGACAUUUACUGCUGACAGACCUGCUGAGUCAAGAAUCCACUUCAUCGAUCCCCAGAACGGACCCCGAAUGCUCAAUGUGGUUCGGAGCAUUUAAUGCAGGAAACCGGACACUUUAGUCAAAUCAUAUUCCAUCACAAUUAAUUUAUUUUGUUUUUAUAAAUGACCAAAAAAAGAAGACGACAUUUGCGUUUUUCUCGUGUUUUACACUGUAAAGGUUUGAAAAUUAUGCAGUUACAAUUCAUUUUUCAUAUACAAACCAUGUAGUCGUACAAAACAUUUACAUUUACAUUGGCUGGAAGGGAGGGGGUCAUAAAGGACAGUAGGAGUAAUUAUUAAAAAAACCAACAAUGUACACACAAGUAAAGUCCUGGCAGACGUUUUCAUGAAGAAACACGCGCACAAACACUCAGACUGGACCAUGAGAAAGCAGUUUUUCUCCCUUGUAAACCCUUAAUGUACACGACCUCCUGACGGCCUCAGGAAGCGGCGCUCUAAGUGUAAACAUUACAGAUCACUACAGAAACCGGUUCGUCUCAUUUCUGUUAAAGGGGGGGGUAGAACGUAAAAGCUGAUGGAUUCUGAGCGACGACGAUGAAACGAGAGGUGUGAUCUGGCAGUGUGCGUCUGGGUGAGGUCACAAAUUCUCACACCGAUUUCUUGAAGCAGCUUUUGAGUUUGUUUUUUAUAUAUAUAUUUAAAAAAA